AAUUAUGUCAAAAAAUACUUCGUGUUUAGGUACCUAUCUAUGAGUUCAGAUUUGAACCUAUGAUUUAUACAUUGUUUCAAAGUUUUUUUGGAAGAACACUGUUUUUUACAUGGCAUAAUAAUAUUUUUUAAUAAAUGUAUCUUCCUCUACACAAUGUGUCCAGAACUAAAUACUUUAUUAAAAUUCCUGUUAAAAAGUUGGGUGUUUUUACAGUAUCAUUGCCAUUAUUUGCAUUCUUUUCAUGUGUUUUAAUGACAAUGUAUAAAGACUUUGAAAAAGCGAAUGACACUCAUUGCAAAGUACCAAAUUUAUUUCCUUCCAUAUCAGCGUCUAUAGGCAAUUAUGAACCACAAAAUACUAUAUGGAAAACGGCAAUAUAUAUUCAUGCUCCUCUAAGAUUUUAUAUAAUAUUUUUAAGAUGGGAAUACUAUAGAAAUAUUAUUAGAGAAAAUUGUAUUUUUGUUGUUAAAAUAGCUGUAUUUUUAAAUAUACUUGAAAACCUAGCUCUACUUGGGCUCACACAUUGGACGUCUUCCGAGAAUUAUCCAUACCAUGAAGUCUGUUUCAAAUUGUUUAUUGGAACAUCCAUUUUCUACAUGUUCUUUACAUGCAUAAUGCUCUCAAAAUAUAGGAGAAAGCCAAACUUUUCAAGUUUAGAAAGAUACUCCAUGAAACUUAAAUGGAGAUCAUUUUUUAUAAAUGUUGGUUCAUUUGCCUUUGCUGCUUAUUUCUUUCUGCGGCAUAACAGACUUUGUGAACCAUAUGUUUAUUCAAUGUUUGGUUUCUCGGAGUAUAUUGUUGUUAUCACCAAUAUAACAUUCCACUUGACAACAAUUUAUGAUCUCCAAAUAAGAUUCGUUUAUCUUAGUAAAAAAGGUAUUGAAACUGAAUAAACUUUAUUUAUUGUAGAUAGGUAAAUUUUAUAAUUUUUUUAAGUGAAACAGCAAGAUCAUUGUAAUAAGUGUUUAUUAAAAUGUGUAAAUAUUAUGUAACAAACAAGUUUUUAACAAAUAAACGAAACAAAUCGUAAUUGUCUGUUUCUUUAACACAAGUAUAUUUUAUAAUGUCAAUAGCACCGGCAGUUACAAAAUGGCACAAAAGUACAUUAACCAUUAAUGAAAAUUAGAUCCAUGAUAUUCUCCAACCUUUCCUACCUCCGACAUUUAUUAUAUCAAAAUAACUAGACAUAUGGACACAAAUAUUAUACAAAUACAAACAAUAACUUUUUAUUCUUUGGUAAAAUUAACUGAUCACAGGUCUGGUUUUUAGCAAUAUCUUUUUUUUAUGAUUGGGAAUGAAGUACUUUCAAUAAGCUUAUCUGAAUAAAAAAUAUUUACAUGAUCAUAGCAUGAUAGGAAUGAAGAACAUGUAAAAUAUUUUUACAUAGAGCCAAGCUAUCCUAAUGGUUAAUUUCUUUCAAAAUAGUAUAUCAUUAAAGAACUUCUAUAAAUCAAUAAUAACAAUAUUCAAAUAUUACAGUACUUUGAAAAUAAAAGGAUCAAUAACUGAAACUGAACUUAAAAUGUCUUCAUAAAAACGACAAAGGUAGUAAAGUUGGAAACAAAUCAACUCACCGGUUAUUCUGUUUAGACAGAUAAUAAAUAAAUACGUUUUAUUUUGUUAUUAAUUGUAAAUCGGUUGAAUUAUAAAAAUAAAUAUCACAAGAGAUUAGUAAAUGACAAUCCGGUAAAACGCAAAUCUGGCUCAUGAACAAUAAUUCCGUACAAACUAUAAAUAUUCGUCGUCUCCUAAUGUUAUUUCCGCCCUUUUCCGAGUAUGUUUUUAGUUCGAUCUUAAAAUGAAUUCUA